UUUUACGGAAACCAGGAAGACGACUUGCCUCUCGACUACACCGAGGAGGGACGCAACAAGGAAGACGACCUCCCUAUCGACUACACCUUCGAGGAACGCAUCGAGCGCGCUCAAACCAAGAUGGGUGAUCGUACUGCUUUCUUCUACGGCACCCUGAUGGCCCAAGAAGUCCUCUACAACGUCAUCUUCGGCACCUCCUCAAUCAGCCGCUACAACAUCCAAACAGUCACCCAAACCCCCGCUAUCCUGCACCACCACAAGCGCUCCCGCGUAAAGCACUGCGACUACCCUGGCGUCAUCCCCGAAAAAGGGCACUCGGUUCGCGGCACCUACGUGACCGGCCUCACCGAUGGCGACAUCUACCGCUUGGACAUGUUCGAGGGCAGCCAGUAUUCUUUACGCACUGUGCGUGUGAAGCUGUUGAAGUCUGCAGGCGAUGCAGCAACAGGAAGCGGCAAUGUCGAGGGCGAGGAGGUGGAGACGCAGACCUACAUCUGGACUGCCAAGGUCGAGCAACUCGAGGACAAGGAGUGGGAUUAUGCGGCUUUCAGAAAGGAAAAGCUUGCCAUGUGGUCGGGCGGCGAGCCUGAAGGCUGGGACGACGAGGAGACCAUCGACCCCACUGGCGGUAGAUUCGGCAACGGUCAGAUUGCCCAGGAUCUCAGCAAGGAGCACGAGAAACUGAAGCAGCAAGAGGGCAACAACGGCGAGCCUCUGAAGAGCGCUGUCUAA